GCAAAGGAACACAUGAUCAGCAAAGUUUACUAAACGGCAGUAAACUGAAAAUAAUUAUUAAUAAAAAUAUACGCAUCAAUAUCAAUUGUAAACACAACUUUUUUUUAAUUUCAAAUCCAACAAAAAAUAACAACCAAAAUUGCCAGAUAUCGUUGAAUUAUUUUUGCCCCACAAAGUUUAUGAUUUUAUUAGCUGCUGAGUAACCUGAUCUCGCGAAGAGGUAGUUCAGGCUUCAUUUUCUUUUGGUAAAAAUGUCGGACGAAGUGUUCGUGAGCGAGGAAGAUGAAGAAUACGAUUUGGAGUACACGGAGGAGAGCACUUCCGAGCCGGACGCGGAUUUGGAGAACCAAUAUUACAACUCGAAAGCGCUCAAAGGUGAGCCGCUCCUGGCUUUAAAGUCUUUUCUUAAAGUAUUGGAACUGGAAGGAGAACAGAAAGGCGAAUGGGGUUUUAAAGCACUAAAGCAGGUGAUAAAAUUAUUAUUCAAGCUCGGCAAAUACGACGACAUGAUGGCCAGCUAUAAAAGACUUUUGACGUACAUAAAAAGUUCUGUGACAAGAAACCACAGUGAGAAAUCGAUAAAUUCCAUCUUGGAUUAUGUCUCGUCCUCGAAAGACAUGGGACUUUUGCAAAGCUUUUACGAGACGACUUUGGAAGCGUUGAAAGAGACGAGAAAUGACAGGCUGUGGUUCAAGACGAACACAAAACUCGGAAAACUCUACUACGACAUGGGGGAGUAUAAAAAACUGGCAAAGAUCAUAAAGCAGUUGAGGCAAGCUUGCCAGACGGACGACGGUGAAGACGAUUUGAAAAAAGGCACUCAGCUCCUUGAAAUAUUGGCUUUGGAAAUACAGAUGUACACGAGCCAGAAGAACAACAAAACGCUCAAAGCUCUAUACGAACAGUCUCUAAGGAUCAAAUCGGCGAUCCCCCAUCCGUGGAUAAUGGGCGUCAUAAGAGAAUGCGGAGGUAAAAUGCACUUGUCCGAAGGCCAGUACGAAAAAGCUCACACGGACUUCUUCGAAGCUUUCAAAAAUUACGACGAAUCGGGCAGUUCGAGGAGGACGACUUGCUUGAAAUAUCUCGUCUUCGCGAAUAUGCUCAUGCGCUCUGACAUAAACCCGUUCGACAGCCAGGAAGCCAAGCCGUACAAAAACGAUCCGGACAUACUCGCUAUGACAAAGCUCGUUUCAGCGUACCAAAACGGCAACCUGAACGAAUUCGAGACAGUUCUGCGCCUCAACAAAACUAACUUGAUGGAAGACCCUUUUAUACGCGAACACGUCGAACAGCUGACGAAAAAUUGCCGCUCGCAGGUCUUGCUUAAAAUAAUCAAGCCUUACCGUAGGCUCAAGAUCCCUUUCAUAUCGAAACAGCUCAACAUAGACGAAGAGGAAGUUGAAAAUCUUCUUGUCUCCUGCAUCCUCGACAACACCAUCAAAGGAAAAAUCGAUCAGGUCAACAAGGUGCUCAUCCUGGAAGAACAAGGGAACCGAUCCACUCUUUAUUCUUCGGUCGACAAAUGGGUAGAGCACCUCGCUUCAAUUCAAAACAGCAUUCUUGGUAAACUAUUGUAAGAGUAUCUUUCUAAAGUAAAUAUACGUCAAUAAUAUCAAAGUAA